AGCAACUAUUAAUAGUGCAGUUUUGAGUGAAAGAUGAUCGAACGUUGGACAAUGCUCUUAUAGAGGGGUCGCGAAGCAAUUUAUAAGCAGCAUUGCUGGCCUCUCAAUGCCCUUGCUGCUGCGAAAGCUUCUACGAAACUUAGCCCGAUACUUGCGUCUAACUUCUCGAGGCUCUGGAAGCAACUCGACUGUCAUAAAAUGUCAAAAAGGCACCAACACUAACAAGAAAAGUAAUGCAGAUGCUUCUAAAUCCAACACUCCCUCGCCCCGACCUCCGCCCACCAGUAUCCUACACACUAGUACUUCUCGCAGGAGUACGGCAAGUGGGAGGCGUAUACCCACUUCGUCUCAAGGCAGCAAACGAAGUGGAAACUCGAAGGGUAGUGCUAGUCCAAAACGACCUAAGGAAACAGUAUCAAAAUCUGUACGCUUUGAUCAAAGUGAAAAAUUUCCAGAGAACGGCAAGCGGUACACAUCCGUAACGCGACUCCCACAUUUACAAGCAACAGGAGAUAACAAUGGCGCUGGGAUUGCCCGUUCAUCGAAGCAACAUAGAACUCCAAGUCAAUCUUCUCCACCAAAGAAAUGAUUGCCAUUAAUUGUACAUCAUUCAAUAAUAAAAUUAAUAUCCUGUAUUACAAUAAAUGAG